AUGAGUUAUUACAAUUAUUCGACAGAAAGAAGUCAAUUUAAUGAUGAUGAUGAGAGAUAUGAUCAUGUGGAAAUGAUACCAGGAGAAAAUUCCAAUCAUGGAAAUGGGGGCGUUCGGAAUGAUCUAUAUUAUCCACAUGGUCUCCACAGCCCGCAUUCCCAUUCCCAUAUCAACAUGAAGAACGUAAGCAAAGGUCAAUGUUCACCCCCUGAAGAUAGGAGGAACAAAUUUAGCAAUAAUUUUGCCGACAAUUAUAUGCUUAAAAAGAAAAUGAAUGAAACAAUUUUAACCAACAUAAAAAAUAUUUUCGAGAAAAUGGUAAGCAUAGAGCGGUUGACAAACAUGGACAAUUAUAAAAGUAUGAAAAAUAAAAUUGAACAGUAUCAUCAUGUGCACCAGAAGGCAAGAACGAAUGGGACCAUCCGUCUACACACCAGGAGUCCUUCGCCCAGGGAGGAAGAGCUAUUAUGCACUGCGGCGACCCCAAGUAGAAGGAGUGCCACAUUGUGUGACGAUGAAGAACAUAACGAUGUGUUCAAACCUGUUUGCGAGCAACCUGCAGACAGCUAUUGCAGUGGUAGUAACAGCUUCGAAUAUUACCACAGGGGAAACACAUAUGGGAGUAAUAACUCAUAUGACCCCAAUUUAUAUGAAGACGAGAAUUACCCUUAUUCCGUCAGUGAUGUUCGCGGCCGUCCGAUCCGCUUGAACAAUGUCAACCACAAGAUACCCAAAUUGGGUGAUACAAUGAGAAACUGGGAGGAGUUUAAAAGCGAAAACGCCGAUGGCUGGCUUUAUCGCGCCCCCGCGUAUGGUGUUCCUCCCCCAAGUAAAAGUAGGAGUAUUUUCAAAAGAAUGUUGAGGGAAGAAAUUGACCAUGAGUCAUUUAAAGGGGACAUACCCAAUAGUGACAUGGGGAACACGUACGAAAAUAUAAUUGUAAGUAAAAACGGUCAUGUAGACCAUCCGAGCGAUCAUCCCAUUAAGGAUGAACCAUACCAUUUCAAUAGAGCCCAAGCGAAGUACCCGUCUGCUGGAGAAACAGAGAAGGAGAAUUUUAUUAUGUGUAAAAAGGACGAAGAUGUUACCGCCCUGUUUAGCAAUCAAAAAAGGCACGGACGCACUAGCAUUGAAGCGGGGCCGAAUGAACAUGAUAUAAUUAUUGUAGAAGAUGAACAGUUAAACAACCGUAUGAAUGUUUUUCCCGGGACUAAUAAUUUGGAGAAUAAAAAUAUCCUAUUCCCGUAUGAACAGCAGGGACACAUAAGCAACAACCAAAAUAAUAUAACAAAAUAUGAAAGAGAUAAAUAUUUUUAUGGACAGUACAAAUAUGAUGAGACGAUAUUUAUCUAUGACCUGAUAGUCCUUGACACCUCUGGAUUUUUAUACAAAGUUUCCACUGAUGGAACAUACUACUGGAAACAUAAGGUAGUGAAGAAUAUCCAGGACCACGUAAACUUUGAUGAGGACAAAAAAGGGAGGAGUGAAUACCAGUCGAUUAGGAAUGAAACGAGGUAUGAUCUCCCUUUUGAAGAUAUGCGACCAAAAAAUAAACACAACAGACAUGAUAAUUUAAAACGGAGAGCAAUGAAAAAGCUACAUUACAAGAAUUUUCUCGAUCUUAGAAAAACAAGUUCAUCCCAACAUGACCAUUUUAAGGGGGACGACAGAGUUAUGCAAGAUGGCUCCAAACGCAGUGAGAAGAAAAAAAAUUACCAUGAAGAAAAAUUGAAGAGAAAUAAAAAUAUAACAAAAAGAUUGCUUUCAAAUUAUAGCGGAGAUUUAUUUUACAUUAAUGAAAAUAAUGAAGCCAUGCCACUAAACAUUAACAUUAAGGAUGUUGUAAACAAUUCGCCCUUCAAAUCGCCGCUUUUUCCUAAUAUCGUGUUUAUGGGUUCCAGACACUCCAGCAUCGUUAACUUGGAUUACGAAACAGGGGAAGUCAUAAAAAAAUACGACGAAAGUUUGGAAGAUACGCUCGUAAAAAAAGGAAAGAAAACGUUACCCAACAGGGACGGAGAAUAUGAUAAGAUUAACUCCAUCGGAAGGCCAGACGCCCUAGUGCAAAAUGAGAAUGCGGCCGAGUGGGGUGAUGUGCACGGAUCCGCACAUGGGGAAGCCGAGCCUGGGGAGGAGGUUCAAUCUGGGCGUGCUCAUGCGGAUGAUGAUUAUGAUGAUGAGCAUGAUGAUGACCACGAUGAUGACCCUGACUACGCCGAACGCAGGGCAAGUGGUAAGGAAGUCCCACCGCGCGAAUACCAAAAUAACGCCAUAAAGGACGAAGCAGUAGCAGGAAGGGAAAGCCAUAACAAUAGCAUCAUGAGCGUUACCCAUGGGGACAAAAUCACUAAGCCAUUUUUGGAUCAUAAAGAAGGCAGCGCAAUGCUGCACUCAGAAGAUGCUGUGAAUGAAUAUUUCGACGAAAACGAGAUUUACAGAUACACACCAAAAAGUAAGUAUAGCAAUGUAGACAAGUAUGAUGAGAAAAAUAUGGACGAUAAUGAGAAAUACAUCCUGAAGGUUGCGAGAAACAAUCUACGGGAAAGGAAAAAAGUUCUAAUUAAAAAACUCCUCAUGAGUUUGAACAGAACCAGUUCGCUAAGUAGAUAUCACCAUAGUAGUAACCUUAUGGAUAUAGGUAUAAUGGGAAAUAGGAUAAGAAAAAGAAAAAAAAAAAAGAGAAGAAGAAAAACGGAGAGGAGGCAGCUACAAAUAAGCAUGGUUCAGUGGAUGAUAAAAGCUGUUGAUGAAAAAUCGCUGAAACAAAAAUGGAUAACAACUUGGGUUGACGUUGGAUCUAUUUUCAUAACGGACAGUCAAAAACAAGAUUCGACGUUCAUAAACUCGCUUAUUGAAAUUGUGGGGAACAAGCUGAUACUGCGGCCGCUGGAAAUGGACAAAAUGAUCAAGACGUACAGCAUAGCGAAAAACGUACAUAAUGAGCCCGAGGAGGGCGUGGGUUUCCUGGACAGGAAUGGUGACGCGAGGGUGGGGAGCAAUGUGCCGAUUGAGGAGAUUGACGAUGAGAUUUCUCAUCACAGAUCCGAUGAACCAAAUGAUCGCAGAAGCCGAGUUCGGGAGGGAAUGAACCAAGAGGGUUCAAAUGUAAAGUCCAAAAUUUUUAUUUUCUCCGACGCGGUGUCCUCUGUUUUUGCGCUCAGUUAUAAGCGUGCAUCGAACAUUUUCACCCUAAACGUGAUAAUGAAGCAGAAUAGCAACAUGUUUCCUGGUUAUGAUAAUGUAAAGGGCUUCAGCUACAAUGCUUUAAAUUUUAAGAAGGAAAACACUCUCCUUUUGCCCUUUUCGUCUAGCGAUUUUGCAAAGAACCAUGUUGAGAAAACCUUUUGCAAUUUUGAUGAAAAUAUAAAUUAUGGGAAAAAAUUAUUGCACAGAUUGAAUAAUAUAUCGGUGAGCAUAACUUCCAUUGAGAAGGAAAUACGGUACCUUUUGUCCAACAUAAUUUUUGUGUACGAUAGAAAUAAAAAAAUACCCAUAAAUUAUAUAUACAAAAUGAAGGGGCUUAUACGCGAGUAUCAGAAGACGAAGGAGGAGUUUUUGUAUUAUUUGCCCGGCAUGGAUAGCACGAGGCAUCUGAGUUACUCGCCUUACAGCGACGCAGAUGGGGGAAGAUACAGUGGUAGUCAUAGAGGCCAUUAUGGUAGCAUUUUUGGCGACAGUUUCAGCGGCCCUUUUAGUGGCCGCUUUAGUGGUAGUCUAGGUGGAAGCCAUGGGCCUGGUCGCGGAGGACCGGGUCGACCAAUACACAUUUGUGAAUACAUAAAUAAAUUUAUCGACAUGUAUUUUGAAGAAAACGAAAUAUGCUUCGACUACUGUUCCAUGCUCAACAUAUGGGACAAGAUAUUUAACAACUACAUCAGUCAGGACGACUGCUUGUUAUUGUCCAAUUUGUACAGAGUCAUACAAAACGCGUUUGCCUACAACCACCGAGAUUUUAACCUCCCAAAUGAUGAUGUGGACCACAUGAUAUCAGAUAAUGCAAAUUUUCUGGUAAAAAGGAGAAGAAAAAACUUUGCCUAUUCACGAAGCCAAGAGCUGAAAGAAGUAUCAACAUUGAAGUACAAGAAGGGGUGGUAUUGGAGCAUGUUCUAUGCUGUUAUGCUCAUAUUUGUAGUUCCCUUUGUGUUCAUUUAUCGAAUAUUUAGGAAAAAAAAAAACAAUAACAAUAGCAGCAGUAAGGUUAUUAUGAAAAAGAAAAAGAUGAAAGAUUAUGAUGACUAUGCUAGGGAUCAGGAUCUGCUAAAGUUAAGAUACCGCCUGCUACAUGAUGAGCGUGUAAGGCUGAAAAAUGCAUUAGCGAAAAAUAAUUACGACGAUUUAACCAAAAUGGAACUAAACAAUAACAUGAAAAGGGAGAUAGCCAGUAGAUUGAAAGAGCUGGAGCAGCAACCAACCUUAAUUGACAUUCUAGCAAAACAUGCUAGAGACUCCGAUAGUGAUAGCAAAUUUUAUGAUAUAAAUGAAGGGAUGCAUAACUUACAUGCGCAUAGCUACUGGGAUGGAUCCUCAAAAUACAGCCUUCCCAGCAUGUCCAUCAUGAGUACGGGCAGAACAAAAUCGAGGGAACUUUUAAAAUCAGAUAGCACCGGAACGAAUAUGUUUUAUAUGCAUAGAAGAAGAGCUGCUUCGCAAGACGUUACUUAUAAACAGUCCUUCGUAGUAAAAAAAAGGAUUAGAAGCAGCUACAAGUUGGGGAACAAGUAUCACAAGAAGAACUACACCGAUAAUGAGAAGGACAAAAAACAUAACCACUUGAAUGAAAAACACAUAAACGAAAAAGAUUUCGAUAAGAGUGAUUUUAUAAAUUUCCUUACGAACUAUAAUAAAAAAUUUAUGAAAAAGAACACUCUAGUAGAUCAUCUUCUCAAAAUGAAUAAGACAAAAGUAGUGGGCUCCAAACCGGACGAGCGUAUCUACAGUAAGAGCAGUAAGGAAUACGACACAAAUUCGGACCAUUCCAACAAGGAUGAAAAUGAAAAUAGCCACGCUGAAGAUAUGAACAAUUCAGGGAAAAAGCUCGCUGGCAAGAAAUAUCUCAAUGAAGAGAAUAAAACAACUGAGGAGAAAAAAAAUAAAAGCAAAUACACUAAGCUUGCUGAUAAUGGCAAUGACUAUCUUGUCAACAUGCAUAAGCAGAGCACACCGGUGAAGAGCAAAUUGGACAAUCAUGCAAAUAAUAAUGAAAUCAAAAAUAAUAAAAGUGCCAGUGCACGAAAUUUAUCGAUAAUUCAAAGAUCACACAUUCCGUAUGAUGCUCCCCUGGCAGAUUUUUUAGAAAACGGAAGAUUUAUGAGAACAUUCGAAAAUAUUUCUCUCAUUGGUCAGGGUGGAUUUGGCUCUGUGUAUAAAGUGUCGCAUCGUCUGGAACCAGGGUCUCCAACCUAUGCUGUAAAAUUUAUUUACUUAAAAGUGAGUUCGUUAGAUAAUGUGAGCUCCAGAAGGUACUUUCGUGAAAUUGCAGCCAAUAGAGAUAUUUACAGUAAGCAUGUUGUCCGCUACUACACUUGGUGGUGUGAAGAGCCACAGUUUCUGCCCAUGCAUGUGAUGCCCAAGGAAAUACAAAACUUGGUUAAGAAGAAUAAAGAUUCUUUUAAAAAAAUGUACAGUAAAAAUAAUGACAGUGAUAGUCCAAUUAGCUAUGAAAAGUUAUCAUCUUGGGAAAGGAAAAAAAGCGAUUUAAAAAAUUUUAAAAAGGUUAUUAAAAAGAAAAAUGAACGAAGCUUAACGUUUUACAGUGACAAUGAUGGACUGAAUUCCAAAAGAAAUGAAAACAAGAGUAGAAAAAGAUAUCUAAGCGAUAAAAACUUUUCUGAUAGUAUCUACACCAAUGCUAAUGCUAAGAACAAGAAGAAAAAGAAAAAGAAGAAGAAAAAAAUUAUAUACAUGGAAAAGCAAAAUGGGGAUCGAAAGGGACGAAACGAGAUACAUUACACUGCGCAAAACAAGUUCAACAUUGCCUCCUUCAACUCAAGUUUUCAAGAAUACGAUCCGUUUGGAUGUGGCUAUCUAAGUGAGGAAGAUAGAGACUUGGUAGUUUUCGCAGACAAUGAUGAACCGAGCGUGCACGUUGACGAGGUCGCCCCGGAUGAGAAGACGUCACCGCCUAGCACUCGCAACAAUGACGCGCAGAACCGUAAUGAUACAUCCUCCGGCAAGCGCCAAAUGGCUGCUCCUCCAAACGGUCAGGUUGACGAAGAAGAGAAAACAGAAAAUGAGCACCCAGAACAACGACAACGCGCGGUGAGCAACGAGCAAAGCAAUAGUGGUUACGACGCAUCGGAAAAAAAUGCACAUAGGACUAAGAGUCCCACAAAUGAGAACACAUUGAUGACCAACGCGAGAAAAAAAUAUACUGAAGAGGAGCCCCUUGCUAGGAACGAACCAUUCAAAAACACACACAAAAAAGAUAAUAUUAAUAAUAAAAAUAAGGAAAAAAUAAAAAAUGAAGAAAAGGAUAAAAGUGAAGAAGAAUUAGCUAAUAAAGAAAAUGCGGAAAAAAUAAAAAGUUACAAGAAAAAAAUAGUGGCGCCAGAAUUUUCCAUUGUACUGCUAUUACAAAUGGAGCUGUGUAAGGGUUACACACUACGUAAGUGGCUAGAUAGAUCGACAAGAAGUGAUAAGCCUUUGCAUUUUACCUACCGAGACAAAAAUAUGAAUCAUCCUUUAGAAUUUGAUUUGUUUAAGCAGCUAAUUAAAGGUUUGAAGGACAUCCAUUCCAGGUGCUUUAUCCACAGAGACUUAAAACCAGAAAAUAUUUUUGUGGAUCCAGAUACGUAUACGUUAAAAAUUGGGGAUCUGGGAUUAGUACGAUUUAUUGAAGAAAAAAAAAGGGAAAAGGAUUUAAACAAUAUAGACAGCUUUAAGGAUAACAUCUACACGGAUAUUAAUCAUAAUACAAUAACUAGCCAAAUUUCAUUGAAAGGACAAAUUAUAGGCACUCCAGGAUAUACCGCCCCUGAGGGAGGUGCCCUAUGUGAUGAAAAGGCAGACAUAUAUAGCGCUGCGCUAAUAUUAUUAGAGUUGCUGUGCCCAAGAUUUAAUACGAUAAUGGAAAGAUACAAACGAUUAAAUGACUUUAGGAAUUACUAUGCCGUUCCGGAUUAUGUGAAAGUUCAUUUAAAUCCAUGGUACAUUUUGAUGCUACAAAUGUCCAAACCAAACCCAGCGGAGAGACCGUCGGCUGCAGAUUUGUAUAGCAAAAUUAAGGUGCUCUUGGAUCCUCAUUUAACCGACUUUGCCUUUAGUUUCAACGAUGUUAACAAUGACUCGGCUUAUGUCCCUUCGGGGGUGGGGCCCAAGUACCGCAUCGCCGAUGGGAAUGGCAAGGAUGAUAAUGGAAAUGCUUUAAACGGUUACAAAACUAAUAUCAACGGGUCCAGCAGCACCAAAACAGACAAAAUGCUCUUAAGUAACAACGUUGAUGAUAAAAAUUGUUUUAACAAAAACAGCGACACUCGUAACGGUACAACUAUUGAGAACAAGGGAAGUUCGCUAAAUGUAACGAGUCCUGAAUGA